CUCCACGUCCGCGCGCGCCCUCAGAGCAUGGCUGACAGUCAACCUCCUCCGCCUGAGUCGUCCCCGAGCGUGGAGAACGGGGCUGCCCAGCAGCACAGGCCCUCGGUCUCCUGGAAUUUAACCUCGCCCACCGCCAGCGCGGCCGCCACCAAGAAGACCAGUGGCAUUUACCCCGCCUCAGCCGCGUUCCAGCGCCAUCGGCUCGUCAGCCGCCCCGAAAUCAACUUAGGGACCCAGCCGCAGAUCUGUUUCCUGCGGCCGCGGACCUCGCAGCCGCUAGUGCUCUUCAGCUUAAUGAAUUCCAGCGAAGCAGCCGUGACAAAAUUUUUACCCAAGAGCCACUUAUCUCGGGUGAUUAUUCGUGACAACCUCAGUGCGCAACGAAUCUAUGAGUUGGAGAUGAAAACUGUAGAAAAGACCAAGAAAAAGAUGAGCCACUUGCAUGACCACCUGAAAAAAAAGUUCUUGAUGGACCAGUUCAGAAAGCUGGGGCGCUGGCGACGGGAAUUCUUGAGUGUCCGGCAGUACCUGGACAGUAUCCGUGUGCGCAAGGUUGACUCCACCCUAAGAGGAAAACCCAGCCGCCUUAGUCAAAAUAGACGCGCCACGGCCCCAGGGCCAUGACAACACUAGACUGACAGGGAGAGAAGAUGUAGAAGCCAGCCAGCCACAGGAGGAGAAGAGGUAGAAGCCAGCCAGCCAACGCCAUCGUAGAACAAUAAACUGAGACCAGCGGACA